AGGCCGUUACUUUCGGAAGGCUGUUUUGUUCCGUGUUCGUUUUCCUGGAAAAGUUCAUCUCAACCAUGAGGGAGUACAAAAUAGUCGUUCUCGGUAGUGGUGGUGUCGGCAAAUCCGCUCUAACCGUUCAAUUCGUGCAAGGAAUAUUCGUCGAGAAAUACGACCCGACCAUUGAGGACUCUUACCGCAAGCAGGUCGAAGUUGACAGUCAGCAAUGCAUGCUCGAAAUAUUGGAUACCGCUGGGACUGAACAAUUCACCGCCAUGCGAGACUUGUACAUGAAAAAUGGGCAAGGGUUUGUUCUGGUGUACUCGAUUACUGCCCAGUCCACCUUCAACGACCUUCAAGAUUUGAGGGAGCAAAUUCUUCGUGUAAAGGAUACGGACGAAGUUCCAAUGAUACUGGUGGGAAACAAGUGUGAUCUGGAAGACGAACGCGUCGUUGGGAAAGAUCAAGGAAUGAACUUAGCUAGGUCGUGGAAUUGCGCCUUCUUGGAAUCUUCAGCGAAAGCGAAAGUUAACGUCAAUGAGAUCUUCCACAACCUGGUGCAGCAGAUCAAUCGAAGGUCUCCCGAUAAAAAGCCGAAAACGAAAAAAAGAUCCCAUUGUUCGCUGUUGUGAGGUGAAUUGCUUGCUUCAUGUUCGACAUAUUGGGUCUGUCAGGCGGAGACCGAACCUGGUGGAGAUAAGUUUUAAUGUGGACAACUGGGGAUAGCUUUCCCCUCGAAUUUUUUCUUCCGUUUUGCUACUCCUUCGAACCAGUUUUAAAUACCUUCAAAUACAAUCGACUUCCUUCAAUGAUUUUUCGAAAUGGCGUUCCUAUGUACGAUUUUCAUCCAAUUUACUACCGUUUUUCUGCUAGCCUCUCUAGAGCAUCUGAAUGCUAAAUAUCAAAAGUUAAUUCUCCAGACUAUUUACAUUUUGAUGGAAGAUGCCGAUCUGGGUUGGUAUUUGUCAUAGGAGCGUGUAAUCAUGCUGUUUAUCAUUUUAUUUUUUACUAUUGUCAGUCGAAGGAAGCCAUUGGUGGGAACACAAAGUCCUGAAUUAAACAAACUAUUUCGAAUGCCCUCUUGAGCUUCCCCCAGCGUUGCAAAAUCUUAAAAUGAGAGGAUGUUAUUUUAAUAUUGUGAGCUGCAGUGAUUUUUCCAGAGUUGACCAGGUAACCAUGCCUUGGAUUUAGAAGUUUAUUAACCGUGUCCGGUGGAUUAGCCGCGGAAAAGAAAUGUUUAGCAAGAUCUAUCUUUCCCCGAUCUGAUCAGAAAUGCGCAAGUCUUUCUUACCGUGUUGAUGGAAAUGAAUGCGAAUCAGUCGUGUCAUGGAGUGUGCUUGUGCAAAGCUGCGUAUGGAAUUCGAGGAUUAUUUCGUGUUGGAAUUCCAAAUAUUGGUUUUUAUCCGUUCAACGUUGUGGUUUGCUUGUUAAAUCAUGUAUUGUGCCCUUUCAGUCGCUAAAUUUACGCGCACCUCCGAUUUAUGACUGUUGAGCCAUGUUCGAAAGAAUUUACUUUUUCCGGUCUCCGCGUUGCUUCGCAAAGAUUUGGUACAGCCGUUGAAUUGCUAGUUCAUUCUAUUGCUUUUUUAAACGGAUGUUAGUGUAAGGGAGGAGAUAGGGGCAAUAUUUGCUUUGUUAUUGACGUUGAAGGCCGAUCUUAAUAAAUUCCCAAGGGCACUAAAAUCCGAUAUUAUUGAUUCUUACGUGGUGA